UGGCUAACUUGGGUACUUCAAUGGUCUGCAGAAUGUCCGGCAGACGGGCUCUGAAGGCCGUGCUCAUCGAUCUGAGUGGGACUUUACACAUAGAAGACACAGCAGUGCCAGGAGCGCAGGACGCCCUCAACAGGUUACGGCAGGCAUCUGUGGCUGUUAAGUUUGUGACCAACACGACAAAGGAGAGCAAGAGGAACUUACUUGAACGACUGCAGCGUCUCAAUUUCAACCUCCAGGAAAAAGAGAUCUUCACUUCACUAAGUGCUGCAAGGAGUUUGUUAGAGCAGAAAAGACACAGGCCGCUGCUGCUGGUGGAGGACAGUGCACUGGAGGACUUCACUGGUAUUGACACCUCAGAACCAAAUGCUGUUGUUGUUGGACUCGCCCCUGAUCACUUCAACUAUCAAACACUCAACAAGGCCUUCAGAAUGAUACUGGAAGGAGCUCCUCUCAUUGCCAUCCAUAAGGCUCGGUACUACAAACGUAAGGAUGGUUUGGCCCUCGGCCCUGGGCCCUUUGUGACGGGGCUUGAGUUCGCCACAGACUGUACAGCUACUGUGGUUGGCAAGCCAGAACAGACCUUUUUCACACAGGCUCUGUCUGAUUUAGGAUGCAGCCCAAGUGAAGCUGUCAUGAUAGGAGAUGAUGCCAGAGAUGAUGUGGGCGGGGCUCAGAAUGCAGGAAUGUUGGGAAUUCUGGUCAGAACCGGUAAAUACAGGGAAGGAGAUGAGAAUAAAAUAAACCCUCCUCCCCACCUGACAUGUGACAGUUUCCCCGACGCCGUAGAGCACAUCCUGAAGAGCCUGUUGUAAGCUGUUUGAUUUGCACAAGACUGUAACUCCAAGCUAUCACUGUAGACUGUUGACUGUAGACACUGGAAGGACAAAAGUAACUAAAUUAUUCCCCUCAUCCUAUCAGUCAAAAAAUUAGCCACCCCAUAAUUGUUGUAAGUCUCAGUGAUUGUCCCAAAAUCAAAAAAAUGAACAUAAUCUGCACACAAUUUACAUUUGAAUGUGGGACCACUUGAUCUCUUUAAGUUCAUAAUGUUGAAAAGUAAGAAAAGUAAAGCCUGCAUUUCAGAAAUACUCACCACCUGUUGCCACAAUAACAAAUGUUCUGUCAUUAAAUCAUAAUCAGUAUGAAUAAAUACUUGCUAGUAA